CUCUUUACGUAUCGGAUGAACCUAUAAUUUCUUAAAUUUAAUUUAAUUUAAAGUGUGAAAUACGCGCGAAAAUUGUGAGUGUCACAUUUCACUUUUUACAAAACCUUCAGUGUGGUCAAUUUUGCAGAUGUCAACACAAACAGUGCUUAGUUUUUUUUCGAUUUAAGCCACUUUAAAAGUGAAAUUUAAACAAAAUUUUUAUGAAAGAGUGAAGUUUGGACCUUCUAGUCGAAGGUAAGCAAUCAGGUUCAGUGAAAUUUAUUAAAAUUUUUAGUGAAAAAAGCGAAUUUACAAAAGUGACCAAUUGGUUAUGUUAUGGGACACGAAAAAUCUUUACAUAAUUUCCUAUUUUUCUUGAAUUUCAGAUGCCAGGGAAGCCUGUAAAACGUAAACAGUAUACUCAGGAUGAUGUGGAGAAGGCUCUAAAAGCAUUCAGGAGCGGAAAGUCUGUAAGAGAAGCAGCGAAACAAUUCAAUGUGCCAAAAACUACGAUUUUCAAUAAAUUGACAGGCAAGUUUCCUGUACAGUGCCGCAAUGGUCCACCCACAACUCUCACUCCUGGGCAGGAGCAGGAGUUGGUGAAAUGGAUCUUGGAUUGCUCUGAUCGAUGGCAUCCAAUAACCAAAGAUCAAGUAUUGGACAGCGUUGAAUUGACGUGCAAGCAUUUCAAGAUACCCAAUAAAUUCAGCAAUGGAAGACCAGGGCAUGAAUGGUUCAGAGGCUUUAUGAAACGACAUCCAGAAUUAAGUCGCCGUAUUCCUGAAAGGUAUACCAUGCGCAGAGCCAGCGUUACUCAUGAAAAUGUGAGGAAUUGGUUUAGCCAUGUAGGGGAUUACUUGACACAAAAUAAUCUUAAAGAUCUUCCUCCCAAUCGCGUGUUUAAUUGCGACGAGAGUGGUUUCUUCUUGGCGCCUAAAGGUGAAAAGGUUUUGGUAAGAAGAGGUGAUCGUGUGGCGGGGAAAAUUAUUACUUCUGAAGAAAAAGAAUGUGUGACAGUACUUUUUACUGUUUCUGCAUCAGGAGAACUACCACCACCCAUGGUAGUCCAUCCUAUUAAAAAAUUUACUCGAGACAUCGCGGAAAAUAAUGUCGAUGGAUGGUUGUCCGGAAAAAGCGAUUCAGGGUGGAUGACGAGCAGUCUGUUCUUUGAGUACAUCGCCAAUCAUUUUUACCCUUGGCUGAAGAAGCAAAGGAUUGAACUACCAGUGGUGCUUUAUCUAGAUGGGCAUUCAUCGCAUAUCACCCUGGAAGUCAGCAAAUUUUGCAAAGAGAAAGGAAUAGAGUUAAUUCGACUCUAUCCCAAUGCAACCCACUUGAUGCAGCCCCUGGACACUGCAUUUUUUGCCCCACUUAAAAUUGCAUGGCGUAAAGCUUUGUGCAAGUGGAUGAUGGCAAAUGAUUGGGUAAAGUUGAAACGAAGAUCAGUCCCAAAAGUUCUAUUCGAAGCCUUGAAGGCUUUAAAUCUGGAAGUCAUUGCAGAGAAUGGAUUCAGGGGAUGUGGAUUACUACCUUUUAAUCCAGACGCCAUAAAGAAGGAAAGGUUUCGGGACAAAAAUGAAUCAUCUGAAAAUACAACAGUUAUCCAAACGGCCCAAAAUGAUGUCAAUGAAGAUCUAAUCCUGCCUGCCGAUGACUAUGCAGCUGCUCUUCGAUUUUUUGGAGCUCAUCUUUCACCGACCACGCUAGAGAGUUUCACUAAAUGUGACGAAAGUAAUUUAUGGGAUGGUCCCGUAGAGCAAGAAGGCUUGUUUAAAUUAUGGCAAAACGCGAAGCGUUUGUAUGAGAAAGCAAGAUCUCCCGAAAUUGAUUCAACUUGUGACAAAAAUGAAUCGUUUGUGGACAUCAAUGAUGUUCCAAUUGUGAUUUGGGAUGCAGAGCCAACAGUUUGGAACCUCGAUAAUUCUGAUGGACACUUAGAAGAGGUAGCAAAUGUUUCUGAAGUUAACCAGCCUGCCCCACAUCAGUCCACCAGUCCUCAUGGAGAUCCUGCUUUUUCGGAACCAUUAUCAGUGGAAUGUUUUUUGAAGAAUUAUUUAUAUUCUCCGAAAGAUUUGCCAAAAAAGAAAAACGUGUCACAAGAGCCGUCUAUAUUAACCAGUGAUCAAAAUAUCGCCACUCUAGAGGAAAAAGAAAAUAAAAAGAAACAAUUGAUUGAAGAGAAGGAGCAAAGGAAGGUGCAAAGGGAGAUAAAAAGAAAGAUCAAAGAAGAAGAACAAAAAAAUAAGAAACCAAAAUUGAAAAAAAACAUGAAAUAAAAUUAUUUAAUAAUAAAAAUUACUUUCCUUUUUAUCAAAUUCGCUUCAGUUGUCUAAAUACAGAAUAAUACACACAAAUAUGGCUUGUCCCGAAAUAGCCACAUUUACUUGUCCCAUAAUACAAACAUUGUCCAGAAAUACACUACUUUUACUCUGUUACAUUUUUUUACUAUUUUGUAUAUAAAAUGUUGCAUUUUUCAUUAUUUUUCGGUAAGAAUCUUAUUCUGGAUAGAAUAAAGAACAUAAAUAUUUAUAUCAACAGAGGAAAAAAUAAUUUUUGAAGUCGUUAAGCUGUUUCAAACUUGGGAGUUCUAAAAAGUGUCCCGUAAUACCACACAUGACCC